UUUAAGUUUACAAUAUUUGAUCAUUUUCAUUCCUCACUUUCAGAAGCGAGACAAGGUAAGCCAAAAUAUAUACAGUGAAUAUUUUACGAUAAUUUGAGAAGUCAAACCAACAAAUUCAGCAACAAAAAAAUGAGUUCGAUCAUUGAAUUCGACACAGGAUACUUGAACACCACACCUGGCAAAUAUAAAGUUAGCUGUUUGACACUGGGAGCACUCGGUUUGUUGGCAUGCUACAUCAGUGGAAUUUAUGGCUAUCGAUAUCAAUAUUUGGCAUCCUUUGCAUUUUUGGUCACCGUAAUUCUAUUGCUGGUACUAAUUUGCAAAGCGAGCUUACGUCAGUCGUCUGUAUGGCUGAAAGUUGAAGUUGUUAUAUGCGUUAUACUCACAAUUUGUUACAUAGUUGCGACUGUUGACAUCCUUACUCUAUGUUGGAACUAUCUUUUCAAUUAUACAUUUAAUUUGGGUCGUGUUAUUGGUUCAAUAAUUGCAACUAUUUGCAGCAUUUUAGCACUGUUGACCUAUACUUCAGAUACAAGAUUGAAGUGUCGUGAAGUGAGUGGUUCUGGAAGUACUUCAAACGUUUAACCGAAAAAA